GUCUUUGAUAUUUAAGUGCAUCCUGAUUAGCGGGGCUUAUGACUUUACCUUCUAAUUGUACCAAUCUCUUAAUUGUACCAUGAAUUUUUCCAAGGAAGUUAGCCAUAUGACAAAGUUCACCCAUACACUUGCAAAUUGACGCACAUGCCACAGAAUGAAAGUACGCACAAUCGCAAUUUACUAGAAUUAGUAGAAUUUUUUAUUUUUUUUUAAGAAGAGAAAAAAACAUGCGUGGAAGAAAUUCAGUUGUUUGACGUUUUCGAAGAUAAAUGGAUAAAUGAAGCAAAAACAUACGUACGCUGUAAACAAAAAUUUCGCCACGCCAUCAUUUGCUUCCGUAUCCACGCAUAGUUUUCAAGAGGCCAACGAUAGCACCCCAAGAACAUCACACAAUCGUUCAGUCAUGUACAGCCGUGACUGGCGAUCCGCUCUGCGGACUCCACCCACAUACCGAAUUGGAAAUAGGACUGUCCGCUUUAACUAUCAUAUAGCAAUGCUUAUUGUGGGAACCUGUGCUUUAAUUGUUUUAUUCUAUUACGUCCGUGGAGGCAGUACGUCAUCUUCAGAUGCGGCUUGGUUAAAAAAAUACGCCAGCUCAACAAGUGGUCACCGAAAUGCAAACUUAAUUGGCACUAGCGAUAACAAAAAUUCUAUAUUAGAUUCCUUCUUGCCAUAUAAUACUACGUAUCCUUUAACGCCUGCUGUCGUCGCAAGGCCUGGAAUGGUUACAUUCCGAAUAGCUAUGGUUGCAGAUCUAGACACUAACUCAAAAGUAAAUAGCAACGGCGGAACAAUUUGGCGUAGCUAUUUCAAAAAAGGACACCUGACGUACAUAGCGGCUAAGAAUGAAAUUGUCAUAACUUGGGAUUCUGGAGAACCGCAUGCUUUGGAAUCAGCUUUUUCCUUAAAAGGGCGCGGCAUGGAGCUUUCCGAAUUGGUGACAUUCAAUGGUCGCAUAUUAAGUUUUGAUGAUCGCACUGGUCUGGUAUAUGAUGUAACUAAUAGUGAAAAGCCAAUACCAUGGAUUAUUUUACUUGACGGAAAUGGAUACAAUGUGAAAGGAUUCAAGUCUGAAUGGGCUACAGUCAAAGAGCGUAUGCUAUAUGUUGGUUCGAUGGGAAAAGAAUGGACAACAGGAAUGGGCGAUUUUGAAAACGAAAACCCUAUGUUUGUUAAAGUGAUUUCUCCAUCUGGUGCAGUAAAAUCACUUGAUUGGUCCAAUAAUUUUAAAAGGAUAAGGGAAGAGGCAUCUCAAAUAAUAUGGCCCGGUUAUAUGAUACAUGAAAGUGGCGUCUGGUCGGAAUUUCAUAAGAAGUGGUUUUUCUUGCCAAGAAGAUGUUCCAAAGAAAAAUACAAUGAGACCCGCGACGAACACAUGGGAUGUAACCUUCUGAUUUCCGCAGAUGAAAACUUCAACAAAAUAGAAACUAUAGUUUUGGAUCCCAACAAUACAAAAGCUACGCAAGGAUUUUCAAGUUUUAAAUUUAUACCAGGUACUGACGACCGCAUUAUUGUUGCAUUGAAAACUGAAGAAUUGAAUGGUAAAACUACUACGUACAUUACAGCUUUUGAUAUACAAGGAAAAACAGUAUACGCUUUAAAGCACAUCGAAACUGAUUUGAAAUAUGAAGGCUUUGAGUUUAUUUAGUUAUUUAAUAGGUUGUUGUAGCAAUUUCACUUGAAGCAUCAUAGUAUUUAAUGUAGAAGAAAAAAUAUUAACGAUACCUGAAGGUCCAAAAAAAAAAAUGAUUAAGUCAUAUAUCCAUGUUGUGUGAGAAUUUCAUGAAAAGCUGCGAAAGUACUGUUUCUGUCCAUUUGAACGCAUAAAUAAUCAGAUAUUGGCCUCUUUUACGAAGAUUGUUUCUAAAUUUCUACUACGAUUUCAAUCGAAACCAAUAAAAAUGCUUGCAAGCUAAAUUUAUUGGAAAAAUCCUACAUUUUUUUAAAUAAUACCCAACAAAAUGCAAAACCAGGGGCCGAUUUAAUGCAGACAUUAACAAUCUUUCAUUUUUGAAUUAUCUCUUCCGAUAAUGAAUGAUUUCUUGUGAAAUGCAAGAAGGCAUUCGAUAACAUCCAUUAAAUACAUGAUAAGUUUUUAUUCGAUACGAAAGCGCACCCAUUAACAUAUCCGGUGUAUCGGUCCCAGGUUAAACUUCGGUUGGCGCGAUUUGCUUAAAAACAAAAGCUUAUAAUCACAAGUCACGAAACUGUAACUUUGCGUUGCCAAGAGAUAAAGCCAUAAAAUAAAAAUUCGUAGAAAGCUA